AUGAAUAGGGAAGGCUAUGAAGCCCUUGUAACACGUCUUAGAGAGGCACGGCAGACAUGUGAGGAACUAAAGACAAUGUUUUAUGAAAGGGCAGUUCUUGAAGAAGACUAUGGUCGUCGGUUGCUUAAAUUAUCCAAAGCUCCACUUGGCAAAGAUGAAACCGGUUACCCUUCGGGAAGCAUUUGA